AGCCAUCGAAAAGCUAACAUGCGCGGCGUUAGUCCACCUCACCGGCGCUGAACCAUCGGUUGCAUCGCCUCAAUUUUUUUUGUCAGUUUUCUGGUUUCAUCUCUCUCCCUCUCGGACAAGAGUUCACUCUGUCUAAAAAAAGCAUGCAAUUCGGCCAUUAAAUCACACCAAAAUGGCCCUCACAUUUCACACCGUCUUCACCAACCCGACCCGUUUCUUGAAAUCCCCCAAAUUCCCAUUUCCACCCCCAAAUUCAAGAACCCAAUUCGAAACCCCCAGAUUUUUCACAACCCACCCCCGCCGCUUCGCCGCCGCAAGGAUCAACGCCUCCUUCCAAGAACCGUACGGAGCUUCAGGAAACAUCACCACCAGCGGCGGCGGCGGCGGAGGCUACGAUGCUUUUCUUUCCACUCUUGAAUUCCUCAGCCUCGCUUCCUCGGCCGGUUUCUCCGUCUACAUCGCCGUGAAAUGCGGUGUGCAGAAAGGAGGAGGAGGAGCUCUGGGGGUGGUGGGGAGCAAGUUCUUAGUGUGGCAGUGCGUGGUCUUGGUGAUCGGAUUGGCCGCCGGAGCUGUGAUAAGGCGGCGGCAGUGGAGGAGGAUUUGCGGUGUCGGGUUUUCGAGAGGGCCGCCUUCUUACGGGGCUAGUUUGUUAGACAGGGUGGAGAAAUUGGAGGAGGAUUUGCGCAGUGUGUCCACAAUCAUUCAAGCUUUGUCGAGGCGGCUCGAGAAGCUCGGCAUUCGGUUCCGGCUCACCCGUAAAGCUCUCAAGGAACCAAUUGCCGAGACAGCAGCUUUGGUCCGGAAAAAUUCGGAGGCAACACAAGCGUUGGCGGCACAAGAAGACAAUCUCGAGAAGGAGCUCGGUGAAAUUCAAAAGGUUUUACUCGCUAUGCAGGAGCAACAGCAAAAACAGCUCGAGCUGAUUCUUGCAAUCGGCAAAGCUGGCAAGUUAUGGGACACCAAACGUGUCGAAAAUCAAGAUAAAAAAGCACCCGAGCCUACUAAAUCUCCGGUGGCAAAUUUGGAAAUAAACCCAAAAAUCGAGACGCCGACGUGGCAGAAAGAAUCGAGCAACGACAAGCUUUGAGAUAUUUUUUUUUCCGGUAGGAACGUCAGAGUACGGGCCUUGGUUCUCGUUUGAUGCUAAUAGGGGAACAAGACUCGAUUAAACUUCAUCUUCAUUCUUGAUAUUUGAUGGUCCGUUUUGCUGCAGAAAUCAAAAUCGAUUCUUUUUUUGGCGGGAUUGGUUCUUGUUCCAGUUUUGCCCCUGAUAUUUGAAAUACGGAUGAUUUUGUAAUUGUAAUCGAAUCGAUAAAUUGUUUACACUUGUGUGGUUUUUGGUGAGGAAAAAGAGGUAGUUGUUAUUUCUCAUGCUGUGUUAAGAACUCUGUGUAGCUUGUUAUUUGUAUUUUUGGAACUACUACA